AUGCCGUCAUCGCUUCGUAUACGCGAUAGAAGCCGCGAGGUGGCGAACAAAGUCGCAAGCUGGGACGUGGUGACGAAAGCCGUGGACCGCGCCUUCCUGGAACUUGCGGAGCUGGACGGCAAGAAGGACGAGGAGGGGCGGCCGGUGAUCAACGUGCCGGAGCUAUACACCGGCGUGCUGCUUGUGUACAAUUACGUGAACCGCUACUCUCCAGGGAGUUACCUCAGCCCACCAAAGAAGAAGGACGUUCUCAAGCUGGUCAAGAAAUUCGAUCUCAACAAUGAUGGGGUCAUCGACCGGGAGGAGUUCGGUCGGCUCCUCCGGCACUUUGUUAAGCAUCUUCUGAGAAACAUGAUCAUCAACAUUCUCGUCAUGCUCACCGUGAUCCCGUUCCUAUGCUACUUCACAUGCAAGGCCAUGGGUAGGUUCGAGGUUGGUAACCACGUGGACAUCGUGCGAGGCGACAGCGGAGGCACGCUGGAGAGCUGUUGCAGAGCAUGCGCGGGCGACAAGGCCUGCCACGCCUACCACUUCUUCCCGAGCAAACGGCUAGCCGACAAUGCCAACGUGCGGGGUUUCAUUGACGGCGUGCAGUGCUACCUUCUGGAGAAAAACGCGGGGUCGGGCCGGACAGCGGGGUUGAGACAUCCUUAUAGCGGGGAUGAAAGAGAGCAGGAUGCUAUGGCCGCAUACUACCCGCUCAGCUGGGUGGGAGGCUCAUGCGACACGUCCCGCCUGGAUAACACCGACCCGCGCAUCACAGGCGCGCACGGGACCCUCUUUGACUUCCCCGGGCAGCUCGGAAAAUCUUUCUGCUUGCUCGCCGACCGUCGGAUCCACAUCAACGUGCUGCUGCAGAGCCACCAGGGACCGGAGUCUGCUGCAGCGGCGGCGUUAGCAGCAGCAGGCAUGCCGAGGAGGGUGGCAGAGGGAAGCCUGCAUGUGUGGGUGAAGGAGGUGGGAGUGGUGUGGGUGUCAUCUGGCGGCAAGCAGCACUCGCUGCGCAUGGUGGCACGCACAGGCAACCAGCAGGACAGGGGCGCCCACGGCUUCCUCGCUCUCAUGCAGGUGGACGGCGCUGACGUGGCACCGCCACGCUUCCAUGAUGACCUGGCAGUGGUGGGAGCGGAUGGAAGUGUGGAGAUACGGAAGACGGCAGAGGAAGAAGAUGGGCCUUUUGACGUGGACACGUAUGAAGUUGUGUUGGAAGGGAUGGGGAGGGUGCAUGUGAGCAUGAGGGUGGCUCACCCUUUGCUACAAACGCCAGAGGAAGCUGAGGCCCAUUUCAACAUCCGGGUAGCUGAACUCCAGCUCAGCUGUCCAAGGGGUGCUGAGUCAACCUCCUACUGGAAGGAACCUUGA